AUGCUGCUAGCACGGCGGAAAAAAAAAACAGUGAGGGGAAGGAAAGCUGAAGAAAUGUUAAAAUCCAGCGCACUGUUCCAUGGCGAGCGGAAGUCCUGCGCUAAUGGAGUUAUUCGCGGACUCCUUCGACGCUAGAGAGCUCGGAUCAAAAUGUCGACACCGAUGAGGACUUUGCUGGACGUACAGAAGCUGUGCAGUAAACUCUCGCUGUCCUCUCCUGCUUUGGAACCAAUGGAAAGUGGAGGGGACUGCUGAGUUCUUUCUGCUGGAUGAUGCAGCGCUGCACUUUCCUCAUUUAAUGGCCAGGCUGAACAGACGGCACCUCGACCAGCCUCACCUGCGCCUCGUGGACCUCCUGCUGGAUGUGCUGAGUGACCAUAACCCCUACAUCCAAACCCUCAUCUCCCAAAAUCAACCACUGCACUACAUAAACCUGAGCAUCCAGAUCUUCAUCUACAUCUCCAUCUUUGAUUUGGUCAUUUUGCCCCAGAUGAGCAAUCAAUCAAGCUCAGGCUCCAGUGAGAUGGCUAAUCUCGAAGGGCAAAGCGACGCCUCAUCCAAUCAGAUUUACAAGAUGAAGGAGCUUGAGAAGAUGUUCGUGCAGCAAGGAAACGGUACUUUCUCAUCGCAGGAUAGUAGUGAAGUUACCCAAACGCAUUCAUCCAGCCCUCAAACCAAACACUUCUACAAGAUAGAACAGAGUGAAGGGGGAGUGGCUAGUGCAGGAGGGCGUAGCUUGUGCACAAUGGAGGGCGGGGCCAAUACCAAUAAAGCAGAAUCGCUGGAGAGUUCGUUUAACAGAGAGCAGAUUAUUGUGGAGGUCAAUCUCAACAACCAGACUUUGAAUGUUUCUAAAGGGUCUGACGGUAAAGGUGCGUCAUCUUUGCUCAUCCACCAACAUGUCAGUCUUCCUGUCGCGGAGGACGAUAAGGAACGAGAUGAAAAUGAGGAUGUUGGUGAGGAUGAAGAAGAGGAAUAUGAACAAAGAAAGGAAGAGAUGGAAAAUUGCAGUGAUGAUGAAGAUGAUGAGGAUGAGGAUGAAGAAGAGAACAACCUUGACAUUCCAGAUUCAGGACGCAGCAGCCAGGAAAGACGACGUGCCGCAAGAAUAACCACAAACACUGCUAUGAGACAAACGUUAAUCGACGCCACAUUAGAGGAAGGCAGGAAGAGGAGGAAAGAGCAGGAGGGUCUGGGUCAGAAGGUGAAGCUCGAAGAAAAGCAGCACUUUUCUUGCAAAAAGUGCCCUCGUGUUUUUAACAACCGCUGGUAUUUGGAGAAGCACAUGAACGUCACACACAACCGCAUGCAGAUCUGCAACAAAUGCGGCAAGCGCUUUUUACUGGAGAGCGAGUUGCUGCUGCAUCAUCAGACUAACUGUGAGAAAAACAUACAGUGCGUGACUUGUGGAAAAGCUUUUAAAAAGCUGUGGUCUUUACACGAACACAACAAGAUUGUCCACGGAUACGCCGAGAAGAAGUUCUCUUGUGAAAUCUGUGAAAAGAAGUUUUACACCAUGGCACAUGUUCGGAAACACAUGGUUGCUCACACUAAGGACAUGCCGUUUACCUGUGAGACAUGUGGGAAGUCCUUCAAACGCAGCAUGUCUCUUAAAGUGCACUCGCUCCAGCACUCUGGAGAAAAGCCCUUCAAGUGUGAGAACUGCAGUGAACGAUUCCAGUACAAAUACCAGCUGAGGUCACAUAUGAGCAUCCAUAUCGGACACAAGCAGUUCAUGUGCCAGUGGUGUGGGAAAGACUUUAACAUGAAGCAGUACUUUGAUGAACACAUGAAGACACACACUGGAGAGAAACCAUACAUCUGUGAGAUCUGUGGAAAGAGUUUCACGAGCCGGCCCAAUAUGAAACGUCACCGCCGCACACACACUGGCGAGAAGCCGUACCCCUGUGACGUGUGCGGACAGCGUUUCCGCUUCUCCAACAUGCUCAAAGCCCACAAGGAGAAGUGUUUCCAGGUCAGCAACCCCAUGGCAUCUGAUUCGACCACCAACCUGCUGGGCUUCGACCCCGCGUCGGCUGACAUGGACUCAGCAGCCAAUCAGAUUCCCAGCCACCCUGUGACUCCUCCCCCCGAGGCUUCCAGUCUUCACCAGGUCAAGCCGCUCUCACUUCCUUUCGUUCACUCAAUCGUAGGUCUUUCCUCUCCUCCGGCCCUGUUUUCCACCGAAAGGGUUAACACCGGUAACAACUAGUUUCAAAUAUACACUUUGUUCAUUUAAAGUUUGUUUUAAUCUGAAACCCAAAGCUUGCAGUAGCUCCCCGUGAGCUCUUUGAUUCAUAUCCAAUGUGAAUCACUCACAUCGGGGUUUCCAAAAGUGAGGUCUAAGAUUUCUGUCGUAUGUUUGAACAUUGUCAGACCUAAAUAUUCCUUUUAAACUGUGCAAAUGUUCACUUCUUUUAUUCUAGUAGAGAUAUUUUAUAUAUUGUCCAAAUAAGCUUCUCGUAUUUCAGAAAGAAAACAAAUGUUCUCAUUAGUUUUGUUGAUGUACAAUGCAUUUUUGUGAGCUACAGGAUUAGGAUUUAUCAUCAUAUUUCUGCGUUUCACAUGCUCUUGACGUAGAUGUUAAUUUGUUUCUCGGUUUAAGCCCAAAGUAUACUUCAUUAUGAAGAAUUGUGUACAAGCCUAAUUUGCUGCUCAAUGGCUACAAUUUUUACAGCACUAAGUUUGUCCACAAGGUGUCAACACUAAAGUGGCCUUUGUUUCACAAACAGAACAGAA